AUGUCGCAGUUGAAAAAGCGAGUUCACCUUUUCAACUGUGAUAAUACGUACAAACUAGAGCCUGUCGAGAAACUACUUGACCAAUUCAGCAUCCAUGUUAAGAGUGUAGAGAAGCACUCGUUCAGACUUACCAAAAUGUCUGAAAUGUUCGACAAAAUUCCAACCUUAGGGAUGGAUAUGGCCUUUUUCGUGGUUCAUGCGCAUGAAUCUCGGCUCUCGAUCAACGAAGACAACGCUGGCAUUGGUUACGCCAAGAUAUACAAAGCGUUACUGCAAGCAACGGGGGAAGAUGUCAUCAUCGUUAUCGGGGGAGAUGACAACUACAAAGGUGAUGACGAAGAGAAUCGAGAGGUUAUUUCACGUUGGGCGAAGAAGAAAGUUUCCUCACAGUUCGGCGAAGAGUGUCUUGAUGGUAGAAAGAGCUUCAUCUUUUCUUGGAACAAACAACAUCGAGUGAUUCACGAACAAGCACUACUGCAUCACUUUGACCCAAAAAAGAAAGGACAGAAGUUCUACUAUCAGCCGCAGUUUUCAAACAAAGAAUCAAAACCUGAACUUAAAUUGCGAGCAGCAUUUACUGAAUUAGAAAUUCCGCAGCGACCGAAAAUCCAAAAGUCCCCUACAUGCACACUCAAAAGUUCCUCGCGUCGCAAUGAAGCCACCUUUGCAGUAAAAGCGGUAAAAGAAAGGCAGACUGAUACUUACGGUUUUGGUGUCAAUAGUGCUCAGUGCUGUGGCAGACAUAGGAAGUUGGUAGGACCUUCAUUCAGUAAUCAGAGUGAUGGUGCUGGAGAAACCCUGCCGUCAGUCUCUGGAGAAAUCAAAGAAAGGAAAAGCAUUCAUGAAAAAAUGACUCAAAAUCCCCCGCAGCUGGUAUGGGCGUCACAAUUCUCAGUUAAACCCCCUCCCGUUGUUUUACUGAGAGGUUUCGCUCGUUAUGGAGAGGUACCUGAUCAGACAAGAGACCUUCAAAUAUGGGACCCCAGGUUUAAAGUUCCUGCUGACAUAAAAGAGGAGCUGCUUCGCAAACACUGCGAAACACCUGUGAUUGGAUUGCUAAUCAUUAUGCACAGUGAUGGCACAAUUAAUCAUUCCACUGUUCCAAACCUAAAAGAAUCCUCGUUGAACGGGGAAAUACAGCUUGCUGCCAAUGAGCAACUCAUAUUGAAAACUCGUGUUUACAAUGGAGAGGUGUCUUUUGAAGAGGCUGAUGUACAGUUCAAGUAUGGAAUCAAGUGUAUCCCAAAACACAUUAUCGAUGGUUUCAGAGCAGAAGAUGCCAAAAAGCCUAAUGGUGACUUGUACGUUAUUUCAGAUAACUCAGGGAAUUUUCGAUGUGUAGUAAAAGGUCCAAAUAAUUUUGAAAAAGUAAUAAGAAUAGCAAAGAAUGAAUUUCAGCCACAGUCGGGGAAUCGACGGUCUAAAAUUGUGUAA